AUGGCGUUUGGCGGCGCGCCGCGAGGUGGUCGUGGUGGUGGACGAGGUGGUCCUCCUAGAGGAGGCGCAAGAGGCGGACGAGGAGCCGGGAGAGGUGGUGGUGGUGGUUUCGGUGGACGAGGUGGCAGAGGCGGUGGCCGAGGCGGUCCAGCCAGAGGUGGAAGAGGUGGUGGGAGAGGCGGCGCAAAGCCCGGCAUCAAGGGUGGAGCGAAAGUCAUCAUUGAGCCCCACCGACAUCCUGGCGUCUUCGUCGCACGCGGCGGCAAAGAAGACCUGCUCGUAACGAAGAACCUUACCCCCGGCGAAAGCGUCUAUGGCGAAAAGCGCAUCAGCGUUGACUCACCCAGCGCGAAUCCCGCGGACCCAGAUGCACCGGUCACCAAAACAGAAUACAGAGUCUGGAACCCGUUCCGCUCGAAGUUGGCUGCCGGUAUCUUGGGAGGAUUGGACGACAUUUACAUUAGGCCGGGCGCUUCAGUGCUGUACCUGGGUGCUGCGUCAGGCACUUCGGUUUCGCACGUCGCAGAUAUUGUCGGACCUACUGGCCGUGUAUACGCAGUCGAAUUCUCCCACAGAUCUGGAAGAGAUCUCAUCACGAUGGCAACACACCGCACGAAUGUGAUUCCCAUCAUCGAAGAUGCCCGCCACCCUCUCCGCUAUCGCAUGCUCGUGGGUAUGGUGGACGUCAUUUUCGCGGACGUGGCGCAGCCUGAUCAAGCACGUAUCGUCGGCCUCAACGCCCAUUUGUUCUUGAAGGUCGGUGGAGGCGUGGUGGUCAGUAUCAAGGCAAACUGCAUCGACUCCACGGCCAAACCGGAGGUUGUGUUUGCAAACGAGGUCAAGAAGAUGCGGGAGGAGCGGAUCAAGCCCAAGGAACAGCUGACACUGGAACCUUUCGAGCGAGACCACUGCAUCGUGGCCGGCAUCUACCAACACACUGCACAGUAA